CAACUCUAGGAGUUUCGAAGCGUUAUAGGAAAAAGGCCGCCGUGGCCGCUCUCAGGUUCCUCUCUGUCGUGGAAUACCGGAACACGUUCAUUCCAAUUCCUUUCGUGCAGUAAACAUGGCGCUUAACCUCACCGUCAAGGUGCAUCCCGUGGUUUUGUUUCAAGUCGUAGAUGCAUAUGAACGACGAAAAGCGGAAUCAUUGCGCGUUAUCGGCACCUUACUAGGUACUGUGGAGAAGGGAAUUGUAGAGGUGACAAACUGCUUUUGUGUACCACACAAGGAAUCUGAGAGCCAGGUGGAGGCAGAUCUCACCUAUGGAAUGGACCUAUAUGACUUGAAUCAUCGUGUCAAUGCUCAAGAAAAUAUCGUUGGUUGGUGGGCCACUGGCAAUGAGGUUACCACACAUUCAUCUGUUAUUCACGAAUAUUAUGUGCGAGAGUGCAAUAAUCCAGUACACUUGACAGUUGACACUACGCUGGCAAAUACAACAAGGAUGGCAAUCAAAGCUUAUGUGUGUGUCCCAUUGGGUGUACCUAAUGGCAAACAGGGCUCCAUGUUCACUCCAGUCAAAGUUCAGAUUAAGUGUUAUGAACCAGAAGUAGUAGGACUGCAGCUAUGUUCAAAGACACAAUUGCCUUCUCACAUACAAGCAUCCGGAAUAAAGUCUACUGGAGGAAUAGAACCUAUGAUGGAUCUUGCACAAGUCUCAGAGGCUUGCUCUAAACUUUCUUUAAUGCUGGAACAAGUGCUGGCAUAUGUUGAUGAUGUUCUAGCAGGGAAGCAGCUGCCAGAUAAUCAAGUGGGUAGAGCUCUUUUAGAUAUGGUGCAUUCAGUACCGAAAAUGACGAGCGAUCAAUUUGACGAAAUGUUUAACAGUAAUGUUAAGGAUCUCCUAAUGGUUGUUGCGUUAUCUCAAUUGAUAAAAACUCAAUUGCAACUCAACGAAAAACUUACCCUUCUUACAACUCUAUGAUUAAGAGCGUUUUGAUUUUUCACGCUGUAUAAAUACGCAGGUGAAGAUCAAUAAUAACAGAUUCUUCUGAUAUAUUUUGAUUUGUUUUAAUAUCAUCAAUCAAUUGGAAUUAUAACAGUAUUUUGUGAAAACGCGAUUAUAAUUAAUAAAGUACAAAAAGUGCAUUAUUAAUGAUACAAUUAUAUAUACAAUUGCAUUAUAUGUGCAUUUUAUAAAUAAUUACAAUUAUUUAACAUAAUAAAUUACAGUUAUUUAGCGCUUGCUUUU